AUGCAAUCAAGGGCUACUAUGACUGGGUCACAAACAAUGAUUACAGUAAGUUGUGGGAUCCAACUUGCCUUCUUGCAAACACAGUUCUUGGAGGCACAUGAGAUUCAGGAACUUGAAUGGGGAAUCAAGGCAUCAUUGAAAUCUUAUCAGCUUGCUCUCCAAUGGCAUGAAGACAAUGUUGGCAUCUGGAUAGAACCAGAUAUGGAUAUUGACCUACCCAUGAGUUCUGCUAGUGGGACAUAUGGAUGUGUGGACACUGCUAUGGAAGAUGAUGAGCUUACCAAAAAUAAGAUCCAAUCCCUGGCUGUCAUUCUGGUGAGAAACAUUGCCAGUGGUAAAAGUAAGGGGCACCAGUCCCCUAAGAGAAGAAGACUCAUUCAUGGGCUGCAGAAAAACUGUGGACAAGUUCACAAGUGCAUGCAUCUAGCAUUCCAAACUGCAUUGAUAUGCAUCAAUGUUAAUGAUAUGGUGCUGCUUGUGCAGAGCCCAGACAGACCAGUAAGACAGAUGAUUCACUUCAGGUGA